AUGAGUUCUGAUAAAAAUACAUAUAGAAUCAUGGUUUUCAGACCAACUUGGGAAGAAUUUCAAAAUUUCAGUAGCUAUAUUGAGUUUAUGGAGAAGCAAGGUGCUCACAGGGCUGGAUUGGCAAAAGUUAUCCCACCACCUGAAUGGACAGCAAGAAGAAAGCGUUGUGAUGAAGAUGAUAUAAUGAGUUUGAAAAUUCCAGUUCCAAUCAGUCAAGUUGCACGGGGUAAUCGAGGAUUUUAUCAACUACUUAAUGUAGAAAAUAAACCUAUGACAGUAUCCGAUUAUAAAAUAAUAGCAGAAUCUGAUGAAUUUAAGACACCUGACCACCUUGAUUAUGACGAUCUUGAAAAAAAAUUUUGGAAAAAUAUUAUUUACAACCCCCCAUUGUAUGGUGCAGAUGUAUCUGGAUCUAUUAUGGAUGAAGAUGUUGGUGUUUGGAAUAUUAACAAAUUGGGUACUAUAUUAGAUUAUGUAAAUGAAGAUUAUGGUGUUAGAAUUGAAGGUGUCAAUACAGCUUAUUUAUACUUUGGUAUGUGGAAAUCUUUGUUUGCAUGGCACACUGAAGACAUGGACUUGUAUAGUAUAAACUAUAUACAUGAAGGAUAUCCAAAGACAUGGUAUGCGAUAUCUCCAGAACAUGGUCGCCGUUUUGAAAGAUAUGUUAAUCGCUUUUUUCCAAUUGAAGCUUCAAACUGCCCUGCUUUUCUCAGACAUAAAAUUACUGUAAUAUCUCCUCAUAUUUUGAAACAAUAUUCUAUACCAUUUAUCACACAAAAGCGAGGUGAAUUCAUCAUAACAUUCCCCUUUGGAUAUCAUUCAGGUUUUAACCAUGGCUAUAAUAUAGCUGAAGCUACUAAUUUUGCGUUACCGCGUUGGGUAGAUUAUGGAAAAAGAGCUUUACUGUGUCAUUGCAGUCCAGAUUCAGUGAAGAUUUGUAUGGAUACAUUUGUUAAACGCAUACAACCCGAAAAGUAUGAAUUAUGGCUUAAAAAAAAUAAUGUUGGUUCUCAUCCAAAAGAUACUUCUGGUACUUUAGAAGCUCCUCUGACUAGUAAAUCUAGCACAUUAUCUAGCAAAAACAAUACAGGUAUUCCAAAAUAUAAUAUUAAAGCUGGUAGAAAACGUUGUCAUGGAACACUUCAAUCAGAUUCUGAAUUGCCUAAUGAUACAAGAUAUGCAAAUAAAACUAUAAAUGUAUCUCCAUCAACAAGUGUAAAAGGGUUAGAUAAAAAAGAAUAUGAAGAUGAGCAACUUAAUGACAAACAGAAAGAAGUAAUGGAAAAUAAAUUGCUAAAAGCUGAUGAAAUGGUCUUGGAAAAUAUAGACUUAACAAGUGGUCCUGAUUAUUGUGAUGGUUCAGAUAAAAGAAGUGUCAAGAAAAGAAAGUCUACAAAACUUGAAACAAAAAAGAAUCCCGAAUCUAAUAACAAGAAAAAGUCUAAAUCAACUGAGAAAAAUGUUGUUCCUUCUGAUCAAACUAUUAACCGUACAAGUUCGACAAUCAUUAGCUUCAACAAAGAGAACGAUAAUAGUAUUGAAAAAGUAAUAACUAUAUCACCUAUAAAUGUUGAGAGUCUCAAUUGUAUGAAUAUUAAUAGAAUUACACAAGAGUCUCGGGUGGAUAAAUGUCUUAAUAAGAGUAUUAAAGAUUCAACAGUUUUUGACAAAACCUUAAACAAUGAUAAUUUAUUGUCUAAAGAAUGUGACUGUGUUAAUGAUAACACACAUUUAAAAUAUGUGGUUGUGACAAAACCAUUACCACCUAUUACGUUAGAAAAGCCACGUAAUUCAUCUCUCACCAAAUCGAAACUACACAUGAAUUUAAAAAAUCAACCAUCUAAAAUGACAUCAAUAUUUAUGACUCAAACUAAAAAAAAAAUUGAUUUGGAAUCCACACGGAAUUUUUUUCAACCAACUCUUGAACCUAUGCAGACUAUGGAAGAAAAAUCUAAAAUUAAGGAUGACAAAAACAUACUGCACGUGAGACAUAAAACCAACGAAGUACAUGACUAG